AUGAAGGUCAUCACCGCCAACUUUGUGACCUGUGCAGUUAAAGAGUGCAAGACAUCCCCGGCGUCAUUUCCUCUACAUUUUCACGAUGCCGAGCUCGAGAUGCAGGAGCUUGAUUUCCAACCAGAGUUUAUUCGCAAUGUGAUUCCUCGUAUUGAUUGGGAGGGAUUACGAGUGACAUCGAAUGAGCUCGGAUUCCCUAGUCUACCAGAAUCCAAACCGGAGGGCGAGGCACUCAGUGACGAACAGACUCUGAAAGACCUGCAUCGACUGCUGUUAGAAACCCAAGUAAUGGAGGGCAAAUUGAUCUGUGGAAAUUGUGGGCAUGAAUAUGUGAUCAAGGAAGGGAUUGCCAAUUUCCUUCUCCCAAGCCAUCUAGUCUGA